GUAAAGUCCAUUCUUCCUGCAUUCCCAAAUUGGGAGGUGCGAUGACAGGAUAAUGACCAAUGGGGUGGCGAACAUCAGGUAUAUAUUUGGGAACAUAACACUUCUGAAUCACAGCUCGAUCUUAACAGCGACCCAGUUCGGAUUCAUCAUAUCCUAUCACAGGAUGGCUGCACUUUCGCUUUCCCUGCUGGUGCUGCUGGCGGCUGUCUCGAGUUGUCAGGGUAGAGGUGCCACCGGAUCGAAGACUGUGAGUCCCCCACCGAAAAACGAGAGUGCAAACGCUAAGAAAUGCCCUCCCAGUUUUUCCAGAGGUUGGGGAGACGAAAUUAAUUGGGUUCAGACCUAUGAAGAAGGACUGUUCAAAGCAAGAAAGAGCAAUCGACCUUUAAUGGUUAUCCACCACUUGGAAGAGUGCCCAUACAGUCAAGCCCUGAAGAAAGCAUUUGCUGAGGAUAAGGAAAUUCAGAAAAUGGCAAAAGAGGACUUCGUCAUGCUUAACCUUGUGUUUGAGACAAAUGACAAAAAUUUGUGGCCUGACAACCAGUAUGUUCCCAGGAUAAUCUUUGUAGAUCCUUCCUUGACAGUGAGAGCAGAUAUCAGAGGGAAGUAUGACAAUCGUUUAUACACUUAUGAGGCUGGUGACGUUGACCUCUUGGCUUCAAAUAUGAAGACUGCCAAAAUACUGUUGAAACAUGAAUUAUAAGAGCUUGAAGUCAUCUAUCUUCCUUAAGCUUUAUUAGUUACAUUAUUUCUGUUCAACACUUGUAACCAUAAUAAACUCAUUGUGUAGAGUCAUUGCAUGUUACUGUCACAAUACUGUGUUUUGUGCAAAACAAAGUGUAAAUAACGUUUUCUCAAUAUUGGACAUUUCAAAUCGUAAGUGAUGACAUUUUAAUAAAUCCUUUUGAUACCAAUGUGAGUGUACACACAGCAUAAUUCUUAACUGAACAGACUGUAUAGCAGUUCCUAUUACGUGGUUUUAUGAUCAAUUUACAGUUUAAAAUAGGAAAGGAAGUUGCAUUUAUGUAGCCCUUUACACGACCUCAGGAUGUCCCAAAAUAUUAAUACAGCCAAUAAAGUACUUUCGAACUGUA